AUGUCGAACGGCGAUGAGCAUGACCAAGUCUUCAAAGGCACCACCACCGAGGAUGUGCGACUCGAGAAUCUGGGCUAUGAGCAAGAGCUCAAGCGCUCCUUUGGAUUACUCAGUAUGAUUGGGUUCAGUUUCAGUGUUGUGACAUCAUGGACCGCUCUAAGCGGUGUGUUCAUUGUCGGUGUCAACUCCGGUGGUCCACCUGUGAUGGUAUUCAGUUUCAUUGGGGUUUCCCUCCUAACCCUGGCUGUGGCGAUCCCCAUGGCGGAGAUGUGUUCUAUGUAUGCACGAGGCCUGUCAUAUGUGACUGGAUGGUUUAUGCUAAUUGGUCUUCUCGCGAUGGGAGCCACGAACAACUAUAUCGCUUCAAAUUUUGUGCUUGGAAUGGCAAACUUAAUUUUCCCCGAAUAUGUUAUUGAGCGAUGGCAGACCGUCCUGGUGGCCUAUUUGGUUGCUAUUCUCGGGACCGGUGUUAACAUCUGGGGAUCCCACCUGCUCCAUCGUAUUUCCAAAUUCAUAUUGAUUUGGAACGUUGGCUCUUUUAUUGUUGUGACUAUCACCCUCCUCGCAACAAAUGAUCACAAGCAACCGGCUUCCUUCGUGUUCCAGGACUUCCAGAAUACAACAGGCUGGGGUACAGGCAUGGCAGCCAUCAUCGGUAUUUUGCAAGCCUGCUUUGGCAUGUGCUGCUACGAUGCGCCUUCGCAUAUGACAGAGGAGAUGAAAUCGGCAUCCAAGGAGGCCCCCAAAGCAAUUGUGCUCGCGGUAGUUUUGGGCGCUGUCACUGGAUUUGUAUUCCUUCUGACUCUCUGUUUCUGCAUCGGAGAUAUUGCCGAGACCGCCAAUAGCAGCACUGGCGUCCCCGUUAUUCAGAUCAUCUAUGACUCUACUGGAAACAAAGCUGCCACUUGCAUCCUCUCCAGUCUGAUCGCAGUGAUUGUCAUUGUAGCCGGAAACAAUAUCUUGGCAGAGGGCUCACGAUCCGUCUACGCCUUUGCUCGUGACAACGGUCUCCCUUUUUUCGAACUAGCCCUCGAUGCUAUCGAAUUUGGCACAACGACCGGCUUCGAGACAGUCAUCUCCAUCGCAACGGAAGGCUUUUAUCUUUCUUACGCAAUGGCACUCCUGAGUCGACUGGUAGGCUACUUUACUGGCCAUGUUACCAAAAUGGAAGGACCAUAUGCCUUCUCCACGCCCGUAUCUAUCGGCCUCAAUAUUUUUGGCCUCAUUUUCCUUUUGUUCGCCUCUAUCACCUUUAACUUCCCCAGCACAGCGCCGGUUGACCACCAAUCUAUGAAUUAUACCAGUGCAGCGAUUGGCGUUAUUGGUCUAAUCAGCCUGAUUACUUGGAUUACGACGGGGCGGAAAAAUUUCACUGGUCCCGGGGCUGUUAGCUUCUUGUCUGGUCAACAAUCUGGGCGGAGCGCCCCUCAGCCCGAGGAAGUACAGGAUGAGAAGAAAGCAUAG